AUGAGUUCAACAAGUAAUGAGCGGAAACGUAAUGAAGAAAUGCAUGCAAAAUUGGUCAAUAGUGAAAAGAAACUCAGCGAGGCACAAGCGCAAAUCAGAAUUUUGCAGCAAAAUGUGAAUAAAUUGGAACUGAGAAACAGCGAAUUGGUCACAGAAACGAAUUGGUUGAAACAACAACUUGCGAUCCCUGAUCCUCCACUGUGCGUUUCAUCGACAGAAAGCAGGAAUCAGCAGCGAGCUUCUGAGAAUGAACUAAGUGAACAGCUCGAAAAAUACAGGCGUCGACUGGAAGCUGAACAAGAGAAUUACGAAAGUCGAUUAUCAGAGCUGGAAAACGAAUACGCACAAAAACUUGCCAGCAUUCAAGAGCAGUUGAUCAAUGAGCAAUUGAUCAACAAAAAACUCACC